CGCUUUUCGCUGAAGACCUUAUUCAUCCACGCGGUUUUGCAGCGACGCAAAAAUGCCGGAUAAAAUUAAAUUCCAGGACAUCGGCAGCGAUUACGAGCCCUCGGAUUCAGAGGAUGAGUUCAGCAAGAAAGAAAGCCAGUUGCUAAAACUGAACGUCGAUCGGCGCCGGAGGAACGACGAUGAGGAUGAUGAAGCUGUGCUGGAGUUCGACGACGACGAGCAGGAGCAGGAUGCUGAUGAAUACGAGGACCCCGACGAUGACGAUGAGCCGGACUUUGAUGAAAUCCGUAAGUUUGAGCACGACAGCGACAUCGACGAGGCGAACGAGGAUGCUUUCUUGCCGGAUCGGAAAGCAUGGGGCUCGAAGGCGAGUGCGUUCUACGGUACGGGGUACGCGGAUCGGGAUUACGACGGAAUCACGGCUCAGGAGGAGGAGCUGGCCCAGCUUGAGGAAGAGGAAGCGAAGGAGAUCCAGAAGCGGCUGUUGAAUGAGAUGAGCGAGGCCGACUACCUGUUCGAUCCGGUUCUGUUCGAUACAUCAGGUGCGCCGGCAGCCGAGGACAGUGGGAAAUCGAAAAAGAAAAAAACCAAACCGACCCCAAGCACCAAACCGGAAGAUGUGAUCGUUGUCGAGGGUGAUCUUUCCGAUCUGACCGAGACCCAGAAGAAGGACAUGUUCCGCAAAUGUGCUCCCGAGUUUGCCAGCCUGGUGGACGAGUGCAACCGGCAGUUGGUCGAAUGCGUCGAGGUGAUGGAACCGGUAUUGGAGCUGCUCAAACGGCACAACAAAUUGAACCACCCGUUCGGAAGGCUGCUAAAGAAGCGUUACGACGUAAGCCUGCUAUACUGCAGUAACAUAGCGUUCUACGUGAUGCUCAAGGCCCAGAAGGUACCGAUCCUGAAGCACCCGAUCGUCAAGCGUGUAUCGAUGAUUAUGCUGUUGCGGAAGAAGUUGGACGAAAAAUAUGACCAGUGCAUCCGUGACCAGGUUGAGCAGCUACACGAGGCAUUGACCGCUGGGGAGACAAUUACAUUCGCGGAUGAACAGAACGAGGAAGAAGACGCUGUCCCGAUGGUCAGCAAGAAACGGAAUCGUUUCGGCAUACUGAAUCAGCUUGAAGCAAAGGCAACGGGAACGGUAUCGGCAUCGGAUGAUGAUAACGAUGAGGCAAACCGAGACCUGAAUGAUGAAAGUGAAGAUGAUGCCUAUCUGGCGAAGAAACUGAAGCUGCUGGGUGACCAUGAAACCGAUUCAGAUCAUAACGAGGAGGAGAAGGAAGAGUUGGACGAAGAGGGCAAACGCAAGAUCACCUAUCAGAUGGCCAAGAAUAAGGGUUUGACGGUGCGCAAGCGGCGUGAUCAGAGGAACAUUCGGGUGAAGAACAAACUGAAGUACCGCAAGGCGCUGAUCCGGCGCAAGGGCGCCAUCCGUCCGGUACGCACGGAGACCACUCGCUACUCCGGAGAAUCGAGCAUCAAACCAUUCGUGAAGCGAGGCAUUAAACUGAAAUAAAGAAUGGCAAAGGCCAAUGGUUCACGUGGCUAA